UAUAUCGUUGCUAAAAAUAUCGAUAAUCGAUUGAAAAUGUCGAGUGAUCGUUUGCUUAAUUAUAUAUGUACAUUUGAAUGACUAAGCAUGGAAAUACCACAGUAUACGUCCUAAAUUAGUAAAUUUGUACGUUUAAUACGUAACAGAAGAAAAACCGAAAGAGAAUCGUAAAAAAUUGUUAAAGUUACAUUAUCAAGAUUCACUCAUAAAUAUAUCUUUAUAUAAAUAUAGAUAUAUAUCAAUAAGGAUGAGCAAGUUACUUAGUUUAUUAGUUUUGUUUGUGUUUAUAAAAACAAACACGAAUGCAUUUACAAACAUUUAUGCAGAAUCAAAAAGAUGUCUUCCUGAUGAAAAUGCAGAUGUUGGUAAUCCUCUUUUCUUAACGCCGCUUAUUGAAAGUGGAAAGAUUGAUGAAGCUCGAAUGCAAUCUAUCGUUGAACACAGGGAAAUGAGCUCUGUUAGUAGUUACGCAGGCUACUUAACAGUAAAUAAGGAGUACGAUUCUAAUUUAUUUUUCUGGUUCUUCCCUGCUAAGCAUAAUCCAAAGGAUGCGCCAGUGGUAUUGUGGUUAGAAGGUGGUCCAGGACUAAGUACCUUAUUUAGUAUUUUUAUCUUACACGGACCAUUUUUGAUUACUUCAAACAUACAUCUUGCACCGCGUAAUUAUUCCUGGAGCAAUUCUCACAAUUUAAUUUACAUUGAUAGCCCUGUUGGUACUGGUUACAGCUUCACUAAGAAUGAUGAAGGCUAUGCCAGAAAUGAAACCCAAAUAGGAAAAGAAAUUAAUAUUGCUUUAGUGCAGUUCUUUCAACUUUUUCCGGAACUUCAGAAUAAUGACUUUUUUGUUACUGGUGAAUCUUACGCCGGAAAAUAUGUACCUGCUGUUUCUUAUGCUAUCAAAGAUUACAAUAUUAACGCAAAAGUGAAAAUAAAUUUAAAAGGUUUGGCGAUAGGAAAUGGAUAUAUAGAUCCUGAGAAUCAACUUGUAUAUAGCGAUUAUUUAUAUCAAAUAGGUUUAAUAGAUAUAAAUCUAAAGAAUUUGUUCCAUCAAUAUGAGGAAAAAACACGUGAUUUAAUUAAGCAAAAGAAAUAUGUGGAUGCUUUAGAGACGAUUAACGUAUUAUUCUCUGGUGAUCCGUCUAUUUUUACAAAUGCAACAGGUUUCAAAUAUUACUUUAAUUAUUUACAGACAGAGGAAACUAAUGAAUCACUAUGGCUGUUAGAAUGGGUGCAAAGAGCGGAUGUUAGGCGUGCGAUACAUGUAGGCAAUUGUACCUUUAAUUUUACAAGUGAAAUAGUUGAGAAUUAUUUGAAAACAGAUAUAAUGCAAUCUGUAGCUGUACUGGUAUCAGAUUUAUUACAACAUUAUAGGGUUCUCCUUUAUAAUGGUCAACUUGAUAUUAUUGUUGCAUAUCCGUAUGUUCUUAAUUUUUUGCAAAAUUUAAAAUGGUCUGGUGCAGAGAAAUAUAAAACGGUUGAUCGUAAGCAGUGGCGGGUUGAAGAUGAGUUGGCUGGUUAUACAAAGUCUAUUGAUAAUCUAACAGAAGUUCUUGUUCGAAAUGCAGGUCAUUUGGUUCCUUAUGACCAACCUCGUUGGGCUCUCGAUCUUAUUACUCGCUUUACGCGUAACGAACAAUUCUAAUUAAUGUGAUACUUUUCACUAUUUUGUUGAUUUUAAUAAUAUAAUAUAAUAUAAUAUAAAAUAGAAUUAAAAAAAAAAAAAAAAAAAAAAAAAAAAUAAAAAGAGAAACAAUAUGUAAAGAAAUGUUAAGUUUUUUGUUAAAGUUUAUAAACAAGUGUAGAGGUAUAGUUUCCAUCAACAAAUAGGUGCAACAAACUAGAUUGCAAGAACUACAAGAUUGUCAGGUGAAUAUGAGAGUGAUGUACGUACUGCAAUUUUCAAUAAUAUUUAAAAUAAUAAUAAUAAUAAUAAUAAAAUUAUAUUAUUUUAUAGCUUUUUACAUAAAUAUACUUAUUUAAAAAGAUUCAAAAUUGACAAUUGUAAUCAAUAUUGGAGCUGUAAAAAAUUGUUUCAGAUUUUAUAAAAUGAUAUUUUGUAGUUUGAUGUUUAUAUGCGCAUACACAUAUACAAAAGGAAACAUUUUCACUAAUAUUGUAAUAAAAUGUUUGAAAAAUGAUAUAUACUGCGUACAUGAGUAUAUAGAGAAUAUAAAUGAACACAAUAAAUCAAUCAAUUAUGGAGCUAAAAAUGACAGCCUUUACUGGAAGAUGAUUAGUCUUUAAGUUAAAUCGUUCGAAUAAAUGCAAACUUGUAAAAAUUGUAAUUAAUUCUUUGGGCAAUACGAAUACAUAUAUUAUUUAAUAGCGA